AUAAAGAAAUAGUCACAACAUGAAACUAUCUGUAACAUUUGUGAUUCUUAGCGCAUUAUUUGCCGGCUCUUUGGCCAAUGGUGGUGCCGAAACUCGCAUUGCUGGCGGUGAGGAUGCCGUUUUGGGUCAGUUACCCUACCAGGCGGCUCUCUCCAUUGGUGGCAGCUACAAUUGUGGUGCGGUCAUCAUUGCCGAACGUUAUGCAUUGACGGCUCUCACUUGUGUCUGCUCUACUGGCCAGGAUAAACCUUGGCCACCACAGAUGUUUAUGGUUUCUGCCGGUACUGUGGAUCUCUACAAUGGUGGACAGCGUAUUCGCGUGGAGGAGAUCACCAUUAACCCGAACUACAAUGAGCUGAAAACAGGUGUUGCCCUGCUCCGCCUCACCGAACCUUUUGUCUUCAACAAAUAUGUCAGCGCCUUGCCAUUGGCCGCGAAGAAUCCUCCAACUGGUGCCUACGUCGACAUCUCUGGCUGGGGAAGAACCACCCAGACGGAAGCCGACAUGCACCGCACCCUACAGAUCGGUACCGCCAUUGUGGAGCCCCAGCGUGAGUGCAGUCUUGUCGACAAUCAGAUCGUUAACAACGAUCAGGUUCUGUGCUUGGGCCAUGGACGUCGUGAAGGCAUCUGCCGUGGCGAUCUUGGAGGUCCUGCUGUCUAUCAGGGUUCCCUUGUGGGUCUCGGUGGUGAGCUUUUGGGCGAAUGCGGUGGCCUGUUGCCCGAACGUUUCAUCAGCAUUGCUUCCAACUACAAGUGGAUCCAGAAGCAGAUGAAAUAAGCCACAAAUAAAGAUUCUAUAAACUGCAAUC